GCCACUGAAGCAGUACACAACAGAAACCGUAGUAAAGUGAUCGCGAAUUCCGGGCUGUCCGAGAAUCGUGUAUAGAGAGAAAAGGCAAGGAUAGAAAACCAUACAGCAGGAUCGCGUAUCUCGAAAAGCGUGAAGCAAAUCGUCUGGCAGUAUUGUGUACCAUCGAAUCGUAUAAUCGAGCCAGAUACUUGAAAAAAUCCUCCACAGUGACGAAGGAUAGAACCCAACGAUCGUGAUUUUCUUCACCUAUACCUACGUAUCGUUUAUCGGUAUUUUUGGCUGUGCAGGGCUCCUCACUGAACCCGGUGUGGUGCAUCGUCGUCGCAAUUCUCUUCGUCUUCGUCGUCGUUGUCGUCGUCGUCGUCGUAAAAAUGUCUUCAUCGCAAACGCUGCUGUGAUCUUAGGACCUUUUUUGGUCUUUAUGAUAUACUGAAUAUGGAACGAUUUGGCCACCGAUCGUUUUUUGUUACUAAGGCCCUUCUUCUUCACAUUUUCAAAGUGUACUGCCGACACACCAAGCCAAAAAUCGUAUUGCAAUUCGCGCAAUAAGGGAAUUACAGCCGGCAAAAUGAGAAAAUCACGAUAUUGCGCAGCUGUGAAAUGUUGACGAUGGCUUUAACAUACUCCAAAUCAUGAACAUCAAUGCCGUACUGCUAACAAUAAUCACGCAAAUUGUUUUUAUCUGGCCAACAUGUAACAGCUCCGACGACGAAGAACGAUUAGUUCGAGAUUUAUUUCGCGGUUAUAACAAAUUAAUACGACCAGUUCAAAACAUGACGCAAAAGGUUGACGUUAGAUUUGGAUUAGCAUUCGUACAACUUAUCAAUGUUAACGAAAAAAAUCAAAUUAUGAAGUCAAACGUAUGGCUGAGACUGACUUGGAGCGAUUACCAAUUACAAUGGGAUGAGGCUGAUUACGGCGGAAUACAGAUUUUAAGGCUGCCUCCAGAUAAAGUUUGGCGACCAGACAUCGUAUUAUUUAAUAAUGCUGAUGGAAACUACGAAGUUAGAUACAAAUCGAACGUAUUAAUUAGGUCAAACGGAGAAGUACUUUGGGUUCCUCCAGCUAUCUAUCAAAGUUCCUGUACCAUAGACGUAACAUAUUUCCCAUUCGAUCAACAAACGUGCAUUAUGAAAUUCGGCUCGUGGACGUUUAACGGCGAUCAAGUAUCUCUGGCGUUGUACAACGAUAAACACUACGUCGAUUUAUCGGAUUACUGGAAAUCCGGCACGUGGGAUAUAAUCGAAGUGCCGGCGUACUUGAACCGAUAUCCGGGCAUACCGAGCGAGACGGACAUCACGUUUUACAUAAUAAUUAGAAGGAAAACCUUAUUUUACACGGUCAACUUGAUAUUGCCCACAGUACUGAUCUCAUUUCUUUGCGUGUUGGUGUUCUACUUGCCGGCCGAAGCCGGCGAAAAAGUCACUUUAGGAAUUAGUAUUUUACUGUCACUGGUUGUCUUCCUGUUGCUGGUAUCGAAAAUACUUCCGCCGACUUCGCUCGUACUACCGCUAAUCGCCAAAUACCUGCUAUUCACAUUCAUCAUGAACACCGUCAGUAUAUUGGUGACGGUCAUUAUAAUCAACUGGAAUUUCAGGGGUCCGCGAACGCAUCGAAUGCCGCCGUGGAUCCGGACCAUCUUCCUAUACUAUUUGCCUAUCGCGUUAUUCAUGAAAAGGCCCAAGAAGACCAGGCUUCGUUGGAUGAUGGAGAUGCCCGGUAUGAGCGGACCGCCUCAUCCGACGUACGCGUCGCCCGCCGAAUUACCAAAACACAUAAUACCCGCCGUGCCGUCGACUACCAAAAACAAAAUGGACGUCAUGGAGCUGUCCGAUUUACACCAUCCUAACUGUAAAAUCAAUCGCAAAGCUAGUACCGAACGAAGGGAAAGCGAAAGCUCCGACUCGCUGUUGCUGUCUCCCGAAGCUUCCAAGGCCACCGAAGCCGUCGAAUUCAUCGCCGAGCAUCUCAGAAACGAAGAUCAAUACAUACAGAUACGGGAAGACUGGAAAUACGUUGCUAUGGUAAUAGAUAGAUUGCAAUUAUACCUAUUUUUCAUUGUAACCACGGCUGGUACGAUUGGUAUUUUAAUGGAUGCGCCUCACAUAUUCGAAUACGUAGAUCAAGAUAAAAUCAUUGAGGUGUACCGCGGCAAAUAAACGCGCCGCCAUUUAUUAUUUUAUACCUAAAAAUACUGCUCAAAUUAUGAAUUAUUAGCUUUUAUUAUUAACAAAUUUGACUUUUCCAAAAAAAAAAAAAAUUAAACCUGUACAUAAGGCUAAAUUACAUACAAAUAGAUACCACGAAUAUACGUCUUACACUGUGUCGUCUAAGUAUACCUAUACCUACUCUACCAAUAAUUUAAGAAGCUAGACUUCGUUGGUAGGUCUAGGUAUAUAAACUUCCGCAUAGUGUACGGUAUACAAUAAAGUUUUUAAUAGGUACCUGUCUGUUUCUAUCACAAAUUAAUAAUUUUUUUCCAUCUAUCCGUAAAAAUUUUUGUGUAAAUAUGUAAACAAGCGCACGCACAUUACAUCCUUUCCCUUUUACCAUGGUACAUAGGUGUUGUUGUUUACCUAUCCUAUGGGUUUAUACGAAUUAAAAAAAUUCCACGUCCCGAUCCUAGCCAAGCCAAUCCAAUCCCAUUUUAAUCGAAUCAGGUCGCACAAUGUGCCCGCCAAAAAAAAACCACAAUACCUUACCUAUGGAGAGCUCGAUGCACCAAGUCGUCGAAUCAACUCGUUCGUAUUUAUUUUUUCUCAAUGAUUAGGUGUAAGUAAUCUCGAGGCGCCAAAAAAAAGAAAAGGAAAAAAAUACCAUUUUAUUGUAUGUUUCGAAUCGUACCUAUCUCGACCUCGAGACACUCUAUACAGAUACAGAUUCGCUCACUUUGUGCAUUUAUCCUUCCAAAUGUGUCGAUACCUAUAAAUAAUAAUGUUUAUGUAGCAGGUGCUUUAGCGCUACGUUCAUUUUACACGUGUACGUACGAUUACGUUGAUAAGACGUUGGUGAUAAUAAUCGUCGAAUGUAUUCAUAUUUGAUAAUUUUUAAUUUUACACGUUUUAUAAUAAAAAAAUUUGAAAAAAAAACCUAGGUAGAGAUUCGAUAAAAAUAAUAUCGCGUAUUGUUGUAUGUUGUACUAUAGGUCCCUAUAUACUAUAAAUCAAUGAAACCUUAAUGAUACGUAUGUAUUUUUCAUUUUCAUUAUUGUUGUUGUUGUUGUUAUUAUUACGACGCUUAAAGCAUUUCCCAUUCCCAUUUUUCUCACUUUCAGGGGAUUCAUUCGAGGCAUUUUCGUCAUCGUGUUAAGGUUAAUUUAUAUUUGUUUUGUUUUUUGUUUUUCGUUUUUUUUUUCAUUUUUUUUUUUCGUUUUGUUUAUAAUCCUCUAGGAUCUUGUAGUAGCAAUUACAGGGUGUCGCAGAAAACGUUCGUCGGAUACAAGAAGCGAAAAACUCUGGUCGAAUAGAUUGCCUAUCUUGAAAUUUUGAAGGAGCAAUGGUUUUGAAUAUUUUAAAAGCCUUUUCAUAUUUUUUUUUUUUUUUUUUUUUUGCUGUCAGUAUUCGAGAAGGAAACUUGAUGAAUGCCUAUGCCCAUCAUGUUCGGGAAUCAGACCCUAAAUCGGUUCCAAAAAAUUUGCUAAACUACAUAUAAAUCAUACCACCUUUUUUUUGGAAAUAAUUGAGACAAGUUUGUCCUCGUAAGCCAAACUUCAAGUUGAUAGAAAGUCAAUUCAACAGAACCUCCUCCCCUUCCCCUUCUAUUAUAUUUUUGGAGAGAAUUAGCAAAAACGAGGAAAACAUUGCACAAAACAUUUUGAAGAGGGAAGAAUCUUCGCAGUUUUGAAAAAAAAACAGGACUUUUUGGAAGCUUUGGUUAAAAAAAACUUUGUUUGUAACUUCACCAAAAAAUUGGACUUUUUUCACGAACAACUGUGAAAAAGCAGGAAUCUAGGUAUAUGUAUAUCUCGUAUACUAAAAUUGAGUCGGUUUUUUUGUGACAGCGAGAUCUCCGCAACAGCUGAACCGAUUUUGAUGAACGACAUCUCGAUAGAAAGAGGCUAAAGUGUAGAUUUACAGGUUUAUGUUGAAAGUUCAAAAAGUUGCACUGAAAGCUCAAAAUUGAUUAUACCGCGUUUGAUGGGCACACAAAAGUGCCUACAUUGUACCUUGAAUAAUCUCCCCGAAAAAACAAUUUUUGACCGAAAAAAUUUUCAAAAGUUGAUGGUAAAAGCUCACCAAAAGCUCCAAACAUGAUGAAAGAAAAGCUCAAAAUUGAUUACGCCAUGUUAAAUGGGUACACAAAAGUACCUACAUUGUAUGUACCUUGAAAGAUCUCCCUGAAAAAACAAUUUUUGAUGGAAAAAAGUUUCAAAAGUUGAAGGUAAACGCUCUGCAAAAGCUCAAAACUUGAUAAUAUGCAACGUACAAUGAAGCACAUAAGUUAUAUUGUACCAUGAAAUAGCUUCACAAAAAGACAAUUCUUGGUAAAAACAAAUUUUGAAAAUUUUCUCUGAAAGUUCAUAAAGUUCAAAAAAAGCUCAACUGAAAGCUCAAAAAAGUCGUUUUAAGUCGUUUUUUUUCGAAUGGCUGAACCAAUUUCGAUGAACAACAUCUCGAUAAAAAAUAAAAUCACCAAGCAAAGUUUGAAAUUUUUCUCUGAAAUUUCAAAAAAGCUCAACUGAAAGCUCAAAAAAACUCAAAAAGUCGUUUUAAAAGUCGUUUUUUUCUAAUAUUCUGUACCCUGAAAUAGCUUCACAAAAUGCAAUUCUUAGAGAAAACUAAUUUUGAAAAUUCUCUCUGGAAGUUUAAAAAGUUUAGAAAAGCUCAACUGAAAGCUCAAAAAAUCUCAAAAAAGUCGUUUUGAAAGUCGUUUUUUUCGAAUGGCUGAACCAAUUUCGAUGAACAAGAUCUCGAUAGAAAGGAAAAUCACCAAACAAAGUUUGAACAUUUUCUCUGAAAUUUCAAAAAAGCUCAACUGAAAGCUCAAAAAAACUCAAAAAGUCGUUUUAAAAGUCGUUUUUUUCUAAUAUGUUGUACCUUGAAAUAACUUUACAAAAAGACAAUUCUUGGUGAAAACAAAUUUCAAAAAUUUUCUCUGAAAGUUCAAAAAGUUCAAAAAAGCUCAACUGAAAGCUCAAAAAAGCUUAAAAUAGUCGUUUUAAAAGUCGUUUUUUUUCGAAUGGCUGAACCAAUACCGAUGAACAACAUCUCGAUAAAAAAUAAAAUCACCAAGCAAAGUUUGAAAAUUUUCUCUGAAAUUUCAAAAAAGCUCAACUGAAAGCUCAAAAAAACUCAAAAAGUCGUUUCAAAAGUCGUUUUUUUCCAGUAUUUUGUACCUUGAAAUAGCUUCACAAAAUACAAUUCUUGGAGAAAACUAAUUAUGAAAAUUCUCUCUGGAAGUUUAAAAAGUUCAAAAAAGCUCAACUGAAAGCUCAAAAAAUCUCAAAAAAGUCGUUUUGAAAGUCGUUUUUUUCGAAUGGCUGAACCAAUUUCGAUUAACAACAUCUCGAUAAAAAAGAAAAUCACCAAGCAAAGUUUGAAAUUUUUCUCUGAAAUUUCAAAAAAGCUCAACUGAAAGCUCAAAAAAACUCAAAAAGUCGUUUUAAAAGUCGUUUUUUUUUCUAAUAUUUUGUACCUUGAAAUAGCAUUACAAAAUACAAUUCUUGGAGAAAACCAAUUUUGAAAAUUCUCUCUGAAAGUUUAAAAAGUUCAAAAAAGCUUAACUAAAAGCUCAAAAAAUCUCAAAAAAGUCGUUUUAAAAGUCGUUUUUUUUGAAUGGCUGAACCAAUUUCGAUGAACAACAUCUCGAUAGAAAGGAGAAUCACCAAACAAAGUUUGAACAUUUUCUCUGAAAUUAAAAGCUCAACUGAAAGCUCAAAAAAACUCAAAAAGUCGUUUUUUUCUAAUAUUUUGUACCUUGAAAUAGCUUUACAAAAAGACAAUUCUUGGUGAAAACAAAUUUUAAAAAUUUUCUCUGAAAGUUCAAAAAGUUCAAAAAAACUUGACUGAAAGCUCAAAAAAUUUCAAAAGAGUCGUUUUAAAAGUUGUUUUUUGCGAAUGGCUGAACCAAUUUCGAUGAACAACAUCUCCAUAGAAAGGAGAAUCACCAAACAAAGUUUGAACAUUUUCACUGAAAUUUCAAAAAAGCUCAACUGAAAGCUCAAAAAAACUCAAAAAAGUCGUUUUAAAAGUCGUUUUUUUCUAAUAUUUUGUACUUUGAAAUAGCUUUACAAAAAGACAAUUCUUGGUGAAAACAAAUUUUGAAAAUUUUAUCUAAAAGUUUAAAAAGUUCAAAAAACUAAAAAGCUUAACUGAAAGCUCAAAAAAUCUCAAAAAAGUCGUUUUGAAAGUCGUUUUGAAAGUCGUUUUUUUCGAAUGGCUGAACCAAUUUCGAUGAACAACAUCUCGAUAGAAAGGAAAAUCACCAAACAAAGUUUGAACAUUUUCUCUGAAAUUUCAAAAAAGCUCAACUGAAAGCUCAAAAAAACUCAAAAAGUCGUUUUAAAAGUCGUUUUUUUCUAAUAUUUUGUACCUUGAAAUAGCUUUACAAAAAGACAAUUCUUGGUGAAAACCAAUUUUGAAAAUUCUCUCUGAAAGUUUAAAAAGUUCAAAAAAACUUGAAUAAAAGCUCAAAAAAUCUCAAAAAAGUCGUUUUAAAAGUCGUUUUUUUCGAAUGGCUGAACCAAUUUCGAUGAACAACAUCUCGAUAGAAAGGAGAAUCACCAAACAAAGUUUGAACAUUUUCUCUGAAAUUUCAAAAAAGCUCAACUGAAAGCUCAAAAAAACUCAAAAAGUCGUUUUAAAAGUCGUUUUUUUUCUAAUAUUUUGUACCUUGAAAUAGCUUUACAAGAAGACAAUUCUUGGUGAAAACAAAUUUUAAAAAUUUUCUCUGAAAGUUCAAAAAGUUCAAAAAAACUUAACUGAAAGCUCAAAAAAUUUCAAAAGAGUCGUUUUAAAAGUCGUUUUUUUCGAAUGGCUGAACCGAUUCUGAUGAACGACAUCUCGAUAGAAAGGAAAAAAUCACCAAACAAAAUUUGAAAAUUUUCUCUGAAAUUUCAAAACAGCUCAACUGAAAACUCGAAAAAAACUCAAAAAGUCAUUUUAAAAAUCGUUUUUUUUUCUAAUGGCUGAACCGAUUUCGAAGAACGACAUCUCGAUAGAAAGGGAUUAACGUGUAGAUGUGCACUGUGCAGGGUUAAAUUUGCACUCCAAAUUCAAAAAAGCUCAACUGAGAGAUCAAAAUAGGUCGAAACCGCAACAUUAUUAGGUUCACAGUGAGAUCUCGACAACUGAUGAAUCGAUUUUGAUGAAUUGUGCAGGUUUACGUUGAAAUUUCAUAAAAAUGUACAUUACAAUCUCAUACUAACAUUAGACAGACGAAUGCAUUUGAAAGCUCAAAAUCUCAAAAAAGCUCAAAUCGAAUUCAAAGGUACCUUUUGCUCUUCUUUUUUGGUGAUCAGCAUUACGAUGAUAUCACAGUUGAUGAGACAUUCAAAAUAUAGUAUUUUCAACAUUUAUAUUUUCAUUUUCUAGUUUUGACUAAAAUCAUUCUUCAACUGAAGAAUGGGGCCUCAAAAUUUGUUGAAAAAAUUUGACUAUUUCUAAAGAAAAACGAAAAAAAAAAUCAAAAUUCUAAGAAGAGUGGAAGAUGUUGAAUUGAAAUUUUAAAAGUUCGAUUAAAAAAUAAAAAAACAAAGACUUUUUGACAGUUUGGCGAAAAAGCAUAAAAAAUCUGUGUAAUUUUAUAAAAAAAAAAAAAAAAAACAGGCUUUUUUGGAAGCUUUGGUAAAUAUGUAGCUGUACUUCUGACAGGAAAUUGUUUCGAAUAUUUCAAUUGCAAAAGUGGGACAAAUCGAAUGAAAAAUUUCAUCGUUUGAUUACGAACAAAUCAAAAUAAUUUUUUGGCCAAUUUUUGUACAAAAAAUAAAGAAAACAACCCUUUUUUGGAAUGGAAAAAAGUCAGUACUUUUUUUAGGGGGGGGGGGAUUUUUGCCAAAUGUCAGAACUUUUGACAGACAAUUUUCGGGGACGUCAGGAAAGGAGGAGGGGGGCGUUUAAGUCCAGAAAAAUUAAGGCGAAGUAAGAGAUCGAGAUGAAAAAUUUUAUUUGAUUGAAAAUAAUGGAAUGAAGAUGGACAUUUAGGCAGCUUUGACAAACAAAUUAGAAUCUUUUAGGUAUAACUUCAAAGACAAAUCAGCACCUUUUAGCAAAUUUAAGCAAAAAAAUUGAAAACUUUUCUGGAAUUUUGCCAAAAAGGCGAGACUUUUAGGAAAUUUUGGGGAAAAAACCAGAAUAAUUCAGUAAGAAAUUUAUACAGCAUUUUCAAGGCGAAAAGGUGUACAGCUGGAAACUUUAAGUAAAGCAGAAAAAAUUGAGGAAAAUUGUAAAAAUUGUGACAAAAGAAAACAAUGAAACGAAAAUGUCAACUUUUGAUUGAAAAAUUGGAAAAAAAAUACUUAAGAAACAGAAUUUUUUGACAGUUUUGACAAAAAAAUCGACAUUUUUUCUUUAAAAAAAAAUUGUUAACAUUUUUUUCAAAUUAAUAAAUUGAGAGGAGGGAAAAGAGGUGUAGUCAGAAAAAUUCGAGACAAAAUUUUUCCAUUUUCAAAGAAAAACAAAACUUUGUACAGCAAGGAAAAAAUACCGGAAAUUUUUAAUGUUUGAUUGAAAAAAAUGAAAAAAGAAAUCACAGCUUAAAAAAUCGAGAAAUCUGACUGAAAAAAAACCUGGAAUUUUGGAUAUUUUGCCAAAAAGAUAACCUAUGACUUUUUGGCAAUUUCGGUAAAGAGUAGUACUUUUGAAUUUUGGCUCAAAUGAUUUCUAUUGAAGGGGGGGGGGGUGUCAAAUUUUAUACGUAGAAAUUUUCGUUUUCAAACAAAUGAAAAUUCAAAUAAGGAAAGAAAGUGAAUGGAAAUUUCAGAGUUGGAUUGAAAAAAAUGGAUCCAAGAUUCACACAGUGUACAAAAUCCUCAACACCCCAGCUCCUUCAAUUUUCACGACAGACGUUCUAUUUAUAUACGAAAUGGUUUAUCUUCCAAAAAUCUGAAUCUUACAUUAGCAGACAUUCGAUAAGACAUUACUAUACGUGAAAGAAAAAAACGUACGCAGAAGGCUUCCAAAAAAAAACAACAAAAAAAUGGGGCAACCUGAAAUUAGAAUUUUAAUCAUGUUGUAGUAUCGUUGUUUAAUAUGUUUAUCCUAUAAAAAUAGCGAAUUUCAUAAUUCUCGUAAUUCAACCUAAAAGACUGUUCACAUUUACACAGGGUGUAUCGUAAAUCGGUUGCAGUUCAUUGUCUUCCAAAUAAUUUUGAAAGCAGCCAGUCGCUCCCAAAUAGCACACCUGUGAAUAUAAUAAUUACGUGCUAUUUGAGCAGCUGCAUCAUCGUUGAUUAAAAAUGAACUGCAAGCGAAUUUUUUUUCUCUACGCGAAUUCAAAAAGGUUGAAAAGUCUCUAUAAUACAUUUAUGUAUUUCUCUUCCUACAGAAUUUAAAACUAAAAAUAAAAAUUGAAAAAAUAGGGGGAUCGAUGGGUCUCCUGUUAGCCUUAUGAAAUAAUCAGAACUGAAAAACGUAGAUUUUCCCUCGAAAAUGAUGCAAAAAAUCAAUACCACUAUAGCUAAAAAUACGGUGAAAAAUUUCACCACGAAGAUAAUCCAAUCGGCCGGGAAAGCAUCGACGACAUAGCAGUUUCGAAAAAAAAAAAAAAACCAUGACGUCAGAUUAUAAAAGUACGACAUACUGACACAAGAUCCUGUCAUAAUACACUCGUUGAAGAAAAUUCCAAUACUACAUCUACGAUAUCGAUAACGUGAAUAUCGAAUACCUAUUCUUAAACACAUACUAUCUCGAGUAGUUCAAUUGCAGCGAGGGUACUUACCUAUACUUAUAAGUUGACUGUGACGUGCCGCUCAUCCACUUCAACCGAAGGCAAAUUCAUUUCGCGAAAAUCUUCCUAUAUAAUGUACUCUUCUUGUAGUAUUAUGUACGCGUCUAUCCGAGUUCUUUUUCAUCGCCUAUACACGGUAUAACAAAAUUUUAUGAAAAUUUUUUUAAAACCAAAAACACUGUUAUAUGAUCGUUUUUUUUUUUAGAUUGAAUUUUUUCACAGUUUUACAUUAUUGAAAAACGUGUGUACGAUGUACGACUCUAUAGCAGUUAUUGUUAUCAUUAAAAUUAGCGUUUAAUAUUUAUAUAUGUACCUAUGAUUAUUGUUACGUUAUGAUUAUUUUUAAUUUCCUUCUUUUUUUUUUCUUUUUUUUUUUUUAAUUCUAUGUUUAUUGUCGAAUUAUAAAAAAAAAAAUACGUAUAGAUAAUACAUAGUUAUUUGUACCUAUUUGAAAUGCGCUUAACAAAUCGGUGCUCACUUAUUAAAUAAGGAAGGAAAGUACAGCGUAUUUGGCAGAGUCAUCAACUCAUCAGAGUGUUUUUGCAGAUAAACCUUCUCCUCAGUGGUACAAAUAGAAUUUAUUCGACGUUUAUGAAUUCUACAUAGCCGAAUACGCUGUACUCUCUUAUUUUACACCAACGUAUCUAGGUAACCAUAAUUAAAUUUAAUGACCGAUUUAUGACAACAUUAGGAAAAAAAAACUGCUCGAGCGCACCUUUCCGAAUUUUUCAAUGGCCAUCGUCGCCAGUUAUUUCGAAAGUUACUUAAGAAAAACCAUUUCGUUAUUUUUUUGGUUUCGAAGAUUAAAACUAUAAAAGCGGCUGCUGCGCAAAAUUACUCGUUAUUAUUUGAAAAAAAAAGGGAUCUUUCAUGAAAAUCCAGCUGUAACAAGGUGUCUAAACAGGACUAUGACAGAACUGUUGACAGGGAAAUUUUUUCCAUUUUUUGGGAGGGGGAGGGGUGAAAAUAGGAUUGUGAUGAUCGAAAUUCAUUUGAGACAACAGUAUUUUUUCAUUUUCAUUUUUAACGAGAUAGAAAUACAAAAAAUUAAAAUUCUGAAAAAGGAUAAAUUUUGAAUUCCAAGACGUGAAAAAAAAAAGGGAAAAUGGCGGGGAUUUUGUUCAAGGUUGGUCAAAAAAACAGUUUGUCAAAAAUCAAAACAAUAAAUUCUGAACUUCGAAUGAAAAAAAUGGGGGGAAAAUUCAGGAUUUUUUUGCAAUUUGGACAAAAAACUAAAAAUUAUUUGCAAUUUUGACCAAAAAAAAAAUGAGGACCUUUUUUGAAGCAAGUUUCACAGAAAAAAACUGGACUUUCCGGCUUGCCACAAACACAGUUUUUCUUGCAAUUAUUAUGGCCAAAAAAAAUGGGACUUUUAUUUCUGCUUUGACAAAAAAACAAGACUUAUUUUCCCUAUUUUGAUUUUUUUUUAAAGCAAGACCUUUUUUUUUCUAAGUUUAUCAAGACCAUGACUUUUUUGCAAUUUUGAGAAAAAUGUGACAUUUUGACAAUUUAAUGGAUAAAAAACUGAGAAUUUUUGUCAAUUUUUUCAAAAAUGUGAUUUAUUGAUAGAUAUUUUAUGAAAAACCAGAACGCUUUACGUAAAUUUGGACAAAAAAAAAAAACUUGGCUUUUUUGCAGUCUUAUUAACACAUGGAUUUUUUUUUUAAUUUAAAAAAAAUGCAAAAUUGACUUUUUAUGCCAAUUUUGAAAAUGAAUUGGAACCUUUUUUCUUGCAAUUCCAAUUUUUAAAAAGUAAGAUUUUUUCAAUUACAAUAUUUUGCUAUAGACGAUUUUUGCAAUUUUUACCAGAAACCUCGACUUUUUUUCACCAAUUUUAAUUCUCAAAGGGGGAUAGAAAAAAUUUUGAGAAGUUCAAAAUUCUGAAAGAUGAUGCAAAGUAAAUGGAAUUUUUGAAGCUUCUUUUGAAAAAAUGAAAAAAGAACUUUAUGAGCGAAUUUGGUAAAAAUUAGGACUUUUAGUGCAAUUUUGAGGAAAAAAAAACAAAAAAAAUUGCUUAAAAUUUCAACAAACGAGGAUUUUUUGCAAUGUUGGUAAAAAGCAGGUCUUUAUUCUUUUGUAUUCCAAGACGUAAAAAAAAUAGGAAAAUGGCGGGAAUUUUUUUCAAGGUUGGUUAAAAAAGAACAGUUUGCCAAAAAUCAAAACAAAUUCUAAACGAAAAAUUUUGAACUUCAAAAUAUGAAAAAAAUGGGGAAAAAAUUCAGGAGUUUUUUGCAAUUUGGACAAAAAACUAAGAACUAUUUGCAAUUUUGACAAAAAAAUAUGGAUUUUUUAAAAGCAAGUUUGACAGAAAAAACUGGACUUUCCGGCUUACCACAAAUACGAUUUUUCUUACAAUUAUGGUCAAAAAAUGGGACUUUUAUUUCUACUUUGACAAACAAACAAGACUUUUAUUUUCCCUAUUUUGGUUUUUUUUUUUCAAAGCAAGACCUUUUUUUUUGUAAGUUCAUUAAUAACACGGCUUUUUUGCAAUUUUGAAAAAAAAUGUGACAUUUUGACAAUUUGAUGGAUAAAAAACUGAGAAUUUUCGUCAAUUUUUUCAAAAAAAAUAAGUAAUUGUGUCAAAAAUAUGAUUUAUUGAUUUUUUAAGAAAAAAACCUUUUACGUAAAUUUUAACAAAAAAAUGACCUUUUAACAAUUUUAUUACGAACCUGAUCUUUUUCGAAAUUUAAUUUAAAAAUCUGCAAUAUUUUUGCAAUUUUAACCAAAAAUUGACUUCUUUUGCCAAUUUUAAAAAUAAAUUAGAACCUUUUUUUGCUUCCAAUUUUUAAAAAAUAAGAUUUUUUCAAUUACAACAAAAAAAACUUUUAUGGUAUUUUGACAAAAAUAUGUGAUUUUUUUUUUUUGCUAUUUUGACCAAAAAAAUGUACUUCUUACAAUUUUAUUACAAACAUAAUCCUUCGAAAUUUAGACAAUUUCUGCAAAUUUUUACCAAAAACCUCGACUUUGUUUUAACCAAUUUAAAUUCUCAAAGGGGGAUUGAAAAAAUUUUGAGAAGUUCAAAAUUCUGAAAGAUGAUGCAAAGUGAAUGGAAUUUAUUUUCGGAGCUUGAAAAAAUGAAAAUAUGACUUUCUCUGCAAAUUUUGUUAAAAAUAGGACUUUUAGUGCAAUUUUUAUAGAAAAAAAAAAUUCUUAAAAUUUCAACAAACGAGGACUUUUUGCAAUGUUAGUAAAAAGCAGGUCUUUUCUUCAAAAAAUUUCGCACUUAAUGGAAAUUCUAGCAAAACAGGAUAGUUUUUGUCGAGAAAUUUUUUCAAAUGUUUUAUUUAAAAAAAUAAAAAAAUGAAAAUUUCAAAAUAAGAAGAGAAUAUUAUUGGAAUUUGGCAAAAAUCAGCAUAAAGUCAGGAUUCAGGACUGUUGAGACACCUUGUGCACUGGUUUUCAGAAUGAAAUGUACGAGAUCGCAUCUCUCAGUCAUUCUCAUUUAAACGAAUGUUGUUUUCGAUCUAGAUAAACAUACAGAAAAAAAAUUAAGUACAAGGGAAACGCAACAAAAAAUUUAAAAAAUGUAAAUCGGACGACUUUCGAGAACAUCAGUUUCAAAAACACGAUAAUACUAUUUAAUUUUGUGCAAAAAAAAAAUUGGACAAUCAAUGAUGGAAAAGAAAUCAUGCAAUAAUUUUUAUAAAAUAUUUUGUACGAGAUUUUUUUUUUAGAAUAUAAAAUGGAAACCACGGUUACUUGUACAUUUUGAAAAAAUUAGCGACGAUGUGUGAUAUCUAAAAAAACGAGAGGUAAAAAAAAAAAAUCAACCGCUAUAUCGAAUCGUAUUCUUAGAAAGCUCGUUUGAAUUAUUAACUAUAAGGCGCAACGAUAAUUACUAAUUCAAUUCGUACAACGAAAUAAACCGAUUUUCAUUAAUUUGAACGAGAAAAAAAAAUCAUGGAAAGUGCUUUUCCAGUCGUCAUGUGAUACUCGCUUAAAUAUAAUAAUAUUUUUAAAGAGUAGUCUAUCUAUAUAAUGCGUUUAUUUAAUAAUGUUUUUUUUUUCUCUUUAAAGUUUCUGUUAUUGCUAUAAUAAUUAAGGGGAAAAAAUGAAAUUAAAAUCGAUAGAUGAUAAAAAAAAUUAUCCGCGUAAUUCUCGGAUUAUAUAUAUAUUUUUUUGAGCUACUAAACAAAAAAAAAGUAAUAAUAAUUUGUUUUCGUGGUAACGAGCGAAAAAAAAAAUACUAAACCGCGUAAGUAUAAUAUAACAAAACCGUGUUAUUUUUUUAAGGUAAAAAAAAAAUCGUACGUAUAUAAAUUUAUAUUUGGACCAACCAAUCAACGUAUACAAGUAUCGAUUGCCCAACAUCAUUGUCUUCGAGUAGUUCGUUUUUAAAUUUUAGCCUAAUUCGUUAAGUAUUUUGUUUGAAAGCUUCGUUACAAUAGACCAAGCCGCUGCGCUGGUCUAUUUGAUAAAUGAUAAGUAUUUCUCAAAGAAUAAAAAAAGCAAAAAAAAAAAACCGUAGUCUUGAUAGGUAUUUAUAUAACUCGAUUUUUUCACGUUUCUCAACGAAUUGCGGCUUUUCACUUUUAUAUCUCAUCGAUGAGGCAAAAUGGUUUGAUACGAAAUAACCGAUCAGCCUGUUUUCUACACUGUCGGAGGUAUUUUUACGUUAUUUCAUUUUAAUAAAUAAUAAUUUAUAAUACCGAGUCAACCGAAUGUGAGAUGUUUUCUCGAAUGUUUGUUAUUUUUACAUACUAUUAUACAAGUGACCAGCGUUAAAAAAUUUUUUCUUUUCGAAAUAUCAAAUCGAAAUCGGCGUAUAGCUUACGAACACGUUUGCAAUUGACAAAAAAUAAAUAAAAUAAAAUAAAAAGAAAAAAAAUCGGCGGCGUUUUCAUUACCUAUUAAUAUUGUUUAGAUAUAUCAUCAUCGUAAACGUUAAUGUAUAAUUUAUUUUAUUAAUUAUUAUUAUUACUAUUAUUAUCGUUGUUGUUGUUAUUAUCACCAUUAGGUACUUAACUUUAUAGCGUUGUUAUCGCGUUGCAUAAAAAAUUUUUAUAUUAUGUAUCUACUAUUGAUUUUUGUACGAAACGAAAUAAAACAUCUGACACGUUA